ACAAUUUUGAGCACAUGUAUUUACAAAUUACAAUACUAAUUGUUAUAAAAGUGAACAUUGUAGUUUUUCUUUAAUGUAUUUUAGUUCCAAAUUCUCCACAUUAUUUUAAAGUGAAAAUAAGAAGAAAGAAAAUUAUAUUUAUUAAUAAAUUGUAUUUAAAAUUUUUCUCUAAGUUAUAAUAAAUUUUCAAUUUUGAAAGUGAUAUAAACUUAUAAAGUAAUUGACAGCACUGAUAAUUUUAUAAAUUAUUUCAUUUAAUAUGUCAAAAACAACAUCGUUAAAAACUUUAAAUACAGAAAAUGGAGGUAGGAUAAAUAUGUUAAAAGGAUCAUCAAUAUCUGAACGUGAAAUAACACUUAUGAAAGAAGAUUUAGUUUCUGAUGAUACUUAUGUUCUUGCUGUUUGUGGUACUCAAAGCGAUUCAGAUAUUUGCAUAGGAACUGCCCUUUCAAAUCAUUCAUGUGUUAUAUAUUCAUUAACUGAUGACAAUUUGAACAGAUAUGUAACUUUAACACAUAAUAAUGCAUCAAUUGUGGGCAUAAAAUUUAGUCCUACUUCUCGAAAUAUAAUUUACACUGCUACCGCAGACGGAUAUGUUCGAAUGUUUGAUUUAAGAUUAAAGGAGAAAUUGGUACUUGAAAUUAAAGAUGACGUAAAAGGAUCAAAGCCAAAACCUCUAGCAAGUUUUGAUAUAAGUUGUGAUGAAAGACUUUUAGCAGGUGGUACUGAACUAAUAAAUGGAGACGCAUUUAUUCUUUUUUGGGACAUAAGAUACAGUAAAUCUAAAACACAAUGUAAAAACAAUCUUCUAGGCGGUUAUUGGGAAUCACAUACUGAUGAUAUAACCAGUUUGUCUUUCAAUUGUAACAAACGAGACGUAUUGGCAUCGGGUAGUACAGAUGGCUUGAUUAAUAUUUUUGAUUUAACGCAAUCUUGUGAAGACUCUGCAUUAAUCCACUCGUUAAAUACGGAAUCAUCAGUGGAUAAAUUAGGUUGGCUUAAUACCAAAAGUCUAUGGUGUACAACACAUACCUUCUCAUUACAAUUUUGGAAUAGCGAAGGAGCAACUCCGUAUACCAAUUUUGAUAGAAGUCAACUUGCCGCCUUACAGAAUGGAACUGUAGACAAUUGUUGUCCGAUACGAAUUCAUACUUCAAACGCAUAUGAAGAACCUCUGCUGGUUUUAGGAUCAAAUAGCGGCAAAGGAGAAAACUUAAAAUGUUUGAGUGUCUCCGAUGACGAUUUCAACAUUUGCUACAAUUUAGUUGGAAACAAGCAAAUUGUUCGUGACAGCUGGUUCCAUAAGAAGAGUGGUUGCUUAGUAACUGGAGGAGAAGCUGGUAUUGUAAAUGUAUGGAAAUCAAUGGAUUCAAAUGAUUCUCACAAUGGUACAUUAAAUAAAUUACAUCUUAAAGCCAGAAAUAAUGGAAAACAAAAUAGGUUCAAACCUUAUUAAAGUUUAUAUAUUUUAACACUGUUAUAACAAAAAUAUAAUUUAAAUUCAGUUUGUUUAUUAGGUAUAUAGAAAUUUGUAAUUAAAAUUUUUUAAAAUAAAUAUCAAUUAUAUUUUUAGGCAA